CCUAGUGAGUGUGGGCUUUGCAUACCACAAUCUCACCAACUGUGCUAAAUAGUUAUUAUGUUAAUCUUUCUGUUCAAUUGUCUUCGCAGUCAUUUUGGUGCUAUUUUGGUGCUCUCCUGACUUUUGUAAUCAUUUUUGGAUUCUUGCUCUGUUCCUGUCUUCCUGCAAGCAACUCACUGUUACAGAAAGCACCAGAAAAUUAUAAAUAAAUCCGCGAGACCGGGACAGAGAAUCCCUCCCUUAGGUUCUUUCCUUUAAAGUCCAAACGACUUCAAAGACUUCUGUAUACAUCUCAGUGAUCUACAACCGAGAAACCCAUAUCGAGUUCUUGAGCCAGUUGUUAUCUUUUUGGUCUUACUCCCUUAAUUGUAGCUAAAAAAAUAUUUAUUUUCAUGAAUUUGUUUUGUUCUCAGACCCUUUCCAACAAUUUUGACUACCAUUAAACUGGUUCUUGCAAGUUCAGUUUUGAAUUUAAUUUAAUUUUUGCGUCGGGCAUUUCGAAAGAUAUCCUCAAUUUUGAAUCUUAAAAGACAAUUUUGCAGAGGAAGUACUCUGCCCUUUCUUUUUCUUUUUAUUUGGGAAUAAUUUUCAGCUGAGUUGAGAAUUGCGAAUAUGGUGAAGUAUGAAAAUUAUUCGCUACUCAUCUCUAAAGAAAAGUCCCAGUUCGAUUGUGAAAACUUCUAUUCAAAUAUUUUGAACUUAACUGGGGAGCUUAAACAGUUUAGAUCUUCCAAGAAGCAGGGGUGGUGGGUGUUCUAUCUUAAGGCAACCUCCUCUCUUUCUUAAUUACAGUAUAAAUUUUCCCUGCGAGGAAGUUGAGCUAUCAAAUUAUGUAUUUUUAUCUUCUCAUGCUGCCACUCAGUUUAUCAGGAAGUAUAAUCGAAAACUUAUUUAUGCUUCUUCCCUUCUCAACACUGUUUAACUGUGCAUGGAAAUAAACUUAUUCUAUUAGUUUUUCUUGGAUUGGAGUUGACAGAGAAAACUCUUGAGAUUUGUGAGGAAUUCUCAGCAUGGAGAUUCUGGAUCUCUUAAUUGCGGCAUCAAAUCCAGUGCUGAAGGUCCUAUUACUUACCGCUCUUGGGUCCUUUCUCUCAACAGACCGCAUCAAUAUUUUGGGAAAAGAUGCAAAACAUCAUUUGAACAGAGUUGUGUUCUUUGUAUUUUUUCCAGCACUUGUGGGCUCCAACCUUGCUAAAACAGUAACAUAUGAAAGCAUGAUUAAGUUGUGGUUCAUGCCUGUCAAUAUUUUUAUUACAUAUCUCAUUGGUUCAGCACUUGGAUGGAUGCUUAUACAAAUCACAAGACCUCCUUCACAUAUAAGAGGUCUUAUCUUGGGUUCCUGUGCUGCAGGAAAUAUAGGGAAUCUGCUUUUCAUCAUCAUCCCAUCAAUCUGUAGAGAUAAAGGCAGCCCAUUUGGAGCUCCUGAUGUCUGCAGUAGAUAUGGAGUGGCUUAUUCUUCACUUUCAUCAGCGAUUGGGUCCAUUUAUUUAUGGUCGUAUGUGUACAAUAUUGUACGGAUAUCUUCAAGUAAAUGCUCUGAAGAAAUUGACGGCUCUAUAAGUGAAUCUUCAGAAGAACCUUCCAAAGUACUCAAUGGGAGUUGCACAGAGCCACUACUUUCAAAGGAUUUACCAGUCUUGGAGUACCGUGCAGACCAUUUUGCACUGCCAUACGCUUCAUUAGAGGAAAGACGAAAGGUUCCAAUUUCAGUUAAGUUUAGACAAUAUUUAAAGAUGCUUUCUGAAAAGAUCAACUUGAAGACAUUAUUCGCACCCUCGACCACUGCAGCGAUUGUUGGGUUUUCUGUCGGAACAGUCCCUCAAAUAAAAAGGCUAAUGAUUGGUGAAAGUGCUCCUCUUCGUGUCAUUGGAGAUUCUGCUUCUUUGCUUGGUGAAGGAGCCAUCCCAGCUAUCACCUUGAUAAUGGGAGGAAACCUUCUUAGAGGUUUAAGAGGGUCAGAGAUUCAUGCGUCCAUAAUUGUUGGGAUCAUAGUAGUUCGUUACAUUGCACUCCCGCUGUUGGGCAUCCUUGUUAUUAAAGGGGCAUUGCAUAUUGGCCUGGUGUACCCAGAUCCACUGUAUAUGUUUAUUCUUCAUCUUCAUUUUGCAGUCCCACCAGCAAUAAACAUAGGAACAAUAACCCAAUUAUUUGGUGCUGGUGAGAGAGAAUGUUCUGUUAUUCUGCUAUGGGGCUAUGGAUUAGCUUCGGUUUCACUUACCAUUUGGGCAAGCUUCUUUAUGUGGAUUUUGGCUUGAAACUACUUCUUUCAGUGUGUCACGUGUUUCUGCUAACAAGGAAUCCUACAACCAAGCUUGCACAAAAUCAGUGGCAUUUCAUCAGUUACAAGUUAGGUUGAUGAUGCUGUCAAUUGCACCAUGAGAUGGCACAGAAUCCGACUGCAACCCUUUGGAACAAGGUGUUUAUCCUCCCUGUAUCAUUGGGGUCUGAGAACUAUACAUAUCUGUUAACCCAGUCCCAAUGAUCACUAUCUUCCUAAAUUGUUUUGAUGCAGUUAUAAGAUUGGACCAAUCUCACCAAAAAAAAAAUCCUUUUGGCUAGCAAGAAUUGUGGGGAGAUAAGAGUCCAAUUAGCUUUGGAUUCUAAUUUCAGUUUCAGUGUUUUUUUUUUUUUCCCCCUUUUGAUAUUAUAAGAAUGUAACUCACAAUGGAAGAGAAAGGAAUAUGGAAUGAAAUUU